GCCGCCCCUCCGCCCCAGUCACUGAGCCGCCGCCGAGGACUCAGCUGCCUCCCCCUCGAGCCCCCUCGCUUCCCGACGCUCCGUCCCCCCCGCCCGCCUUCUCCCGCAGCCGCCUUCCGCAGGCCGUUUCCACCGAGGAAAAGGAAUCGUAUCGUAUGUCCGCUAUCCAGAACCUCCACUCUUUCGACCCCUUUGCUGAUGCAAGUAAGGGUGAUGACCUGCUUCCUGCUGGCACUGAGGAUUAUAUCCAUAUAAGAAUUCAACAGAGAAACGGCAGGAAGACCCUUACUACUGUCCAAGGGAUCGCUGAUGAUUACGAUAAAAAGAAACUAGUGAAGGCCUUUAAGAAGAAAUUUGCCUGCAAUGGUACUGUAAUUGAGCAUCCAGAAUAUGGAGAAGUAAUUCAGCUACAGGGUGACCAGCGCAAGAACAUAUGCCAGUUCCUGAUAGAGGUACCCUUGUGUCUCCCUUCUUUCGAGCACGGUAGUUUCCCGUCUGGGGGGCAGGUGUCAGGAGCGAAGUUUUAAAGGUGUGCUCAGUUGACCCGUUGUGCCUGUUAGGAUUGACAGAUUGGACUGGCUAAGGACGAUCAGCUGAAGGUUCAUGGGUUUUAAGUGCUUGUGGCUCUGAAGCUUAAGUGAGGAUUUCCUUGCAAUGAGUAGAAUUUCCCUUCUGUCCCUUGUCACAAGUUUAAAAACCUCACAGCUUGUAUAAUGUAACCAUUUGGGGUCCGCUUUUAACUUGGACUAGUGUAACUCCUUCAUGCAAUAAACUGAAAAGAGCCAUGCUGUCUAGUCUUGAAGUCCCUCAUUUAAAAAGGUCAAGCAGUAAGCCUUGGCAGUGUCCAGCCUGAAACAAAGCAAUAACAAUGUUUCAGCCACGCCCAGAGCCCCAAGAUCCCAGGAGGCUUACCCAGAAGCUUCUCAGAUGUUCCUCUAGAGAGUCCCCUGCCCUAGGAGAAUGUCACCACUUGAACAACCCAGUUGAGCCAGAGGAUGGGUAACACACCAGCCAUGUCACUAGAGGGAGUCUCUGCCGGUAAAGAAGCCCUGGUGUCUGACCAGGUAGGCAGGAUUCGAAAAGGGCCACCUUUCCAGAGAGGUCAUCUUUUAACCAGAUACAUCCUAGCUAAGCAGUGUUGAAACAGCUGAAGGGUGAGGCCAGCCUGGUAUCGGUUUAAACUUUUGACAAGGGAACAAAUACCAAACUGAUGCCAUUGGUCAUGUGGCUAGCUGUAGAGGUUUCAACUCAGUACCAGCAGCUGCCCAGUGCCACGUGAAGAAACAAACUGGUCUUUUGGUUUUCUUUUCCCUUCCAGUUUUAAUGUUAUGUAAUGUAUUUAAACCCUUAUUUAAAUAAAGCUUGUUUUCAGAAAUA